AUGGCUAAAGUAUUGCUUUUGGAGUUGCUGAUGGGAAUGGGAUUGGGGAUUGAUAAAUGGGUGAAGGAAGAGGCAGAGCAAGCAGCUUUAGCCUGGUUGAAGAGGUUGAAUUCUGAAGGAGGUGUAAGUAACCUCAAGUUGAUUUCUGUUGCCCUUAGGAAUUCACAUGUUCUCAUGGCAAAGUUUCCGGAUAUAAUAGAGGAAAUGGUGAAGAACAAGAGAGUUGUUGACGCUGUUCAUAUUGUCUAUAGUGUUGGAAUUCAGGACAAAUUUAAUCCUGAGAAACUUUUGACAUCAUUUUUAAGAGAGUCUAAAGAUUCAUUUGACGAAAUGAAACGAUCACAAGGUUCACUUGAUGCUAAUAUUGGAGUAAAAAGGAAGUAUUUAUCUAAUUUGAAUUCAGUCAUCAAAUGUUUGGAUUCUCACAAGAUUGAUCCUUCAAAACUUCUUCCUCGGUGGCAAAUCAAUAUGAAAAUAAUGAGCUUGGAGAGAGAAAUUGCUGAAUUCGAUAAGCAUAAGCAAAGUGAAACGCUCACAUUUUCCAAUCCAUGGCCGCCACAACAUCAAAGAGUUGUUAAUCAUGUCAAUAGCAACAACACCUUGUUAGAAGGUGGUGGAACUGCUGGCCACAAUUAUGGUUAUUCUAUGUCCCCUUUGGAAUUGCAUGGACCUGUUGCAAGCUCACUACGUGAAAAUGUUAUUAGCUCAGGUGUGGCCAUGGGUGGACCUGGAGCAGGUAUAUUAGCAAGUGCUGAUGGUAUUCAUGCAGGCAUGGAUGUUCCGCUAGGAGGCUCAUAUGCUGGAAGUCUUGGAGGGAGUUGA